AUGUUUUCUGCAAAUAAGAAUGAUGAACCUGGUGAAAAAACUGCCCUUCAAGGCCAAAUUAAGCAUUUGAAAGAGAAAGUGAACUCGCUUCAAAAUGAACUUAAUCGUGCAGAGACAGAUUAUAAAACCAAACUGGAGCAGCAGCGUAAAAUAUUUGAUGCGGAAAAAACCGGUCUGAAAGAGAAGUUAAUCCUUCAUGAGAAUGAAUAUAAAUCAAAAUUAUUCGCGCUGGAACAGCAAGUUGUUAAACAGAGGGAACGAGCCAUGGCUAUGGUUCAAGAGAAAGAACAGGAAAUCCACAAUCUCAAGGACAGUAUGAAUUUCAUCAUUCCAGCAUCUUAUUCUCAAUCCAAGAAGGGACGUACGACUUCGCAGUCGUCAGACACAAAGAGUUCUGUGGAUGAAGAUGUACACGAGUCAAGUUUGAGUGGCAUCACCUCCACGAAUGAUAGCCCUCAUAUGUUACAUUAUGCACAUGAGCUUGCAAGAAGAGAUGUCGAUAUAUCAAAACUGAGACAGGCCAAACACAAACUAGAAAUGACUGUGAGAGAUCUACAACGCAUUGUUGCGGCAGAAAGGGACCAAUUUUCGCAAGAUAUUAUGAAACUAAAGGAGGAAGUUUCAAGGUUGGAAAGGUGUAAGUCAAGAGAAAGUGCCAAUUUGGAGUACCUGAAAAAUGUGAUCCUCAGCUACUUAACCUCCACAAAUUCUAGUCAAAGGCUUCACAUGCUGAACGCCAUCGCAUUUGUUUUGAAAUUCUCGGACAGUGAAACAAAACGUGCCCUGAUGCACAUAAACAAAUCCACAGUUACAUGA